AUUAGACAAAUAAAAGAAGCAUUAUAUGCAGCACAUAUAAUGUUAUUUUAUAUCGAGACAUUUUCUUGGGUACUAUAAUACGUCUAUCAGUUAUUUGGGUGGAGCAAGGAAAGGCACAUCACCUAGGAGACUCCAAUCAGAUACUAGUAGGCGGGAUCGCGGUUACUAUUUAGUUUGCUUGGCAUGUCAGUUUCGGCCUCCUUACCAUUCAGCAGCAACGCUAUCUCCAGAGCUAAUUUUCAAGUUUUAAGGCAACUACCCCUUCACCCUCUUUUGUUGUUUGUCGGGUUUUCCGGUUUCUUUUUUAAUUUUCUAACGCAAUGGGAAAACCUCGCAUCUUAAUUCUAGGCCACUCUUUUAUUCGUCGCCUGCACGAGCAUAUUAAUCGUCCGAACGAAAGCGCCUAUACUGCCAAGUUCGGUAUUUCAACACCAGAAUUUCUGUGCAAAUGGCACGGCGUGGGCGGUCGAACGAUCGAUAAAGUUUUAAAGUAUGAUUUAAGUAUUGUGGAGGAUUUUGGCCCUGAUAUAGUGCUCUUACAGCUAGGAACAAAUGACCUGCCCAACUCCCCCGCCAUUACAGUGGGUUCCUCACUGGAACAUCUAGUGACUGUGCUACACGAAGAGUACAAGGUCGACCUGAUAUGCGUAUGUCAAACGCUUCGCCGUUCCUCUUCCGAUGUUGCGUUUAACUCUAAAGUUGGGCUAUUGACAAAAUAUAUGAAAACGGUACUUGAGCCCAUCCCAUACGCAUUCUUCUGGUCUCACAGGGGGUUUUGGAAAACAAAGGGUACCUAUUUGUUAGGAGAUGGCGUUCACUUGAAUGGUAGGGGGCAACAUAAAUUGUAUCGCAGUUUACGAGGGGCAGUGCUCAAAUGCUUGCGUUUACUUGAUGUGGUUUAGCUACUUAUUCAUAUCUGCGUGUCGCCGGUUCCAAUUUUGUUUUCAUGUUUCCUUGCUGUGUUGCGUCCGCAGCUAUUUGACAUUGUACUUUUAUCUGCCGACAAAUUUGAGCAAUGCUCUUAAUUCUACUGUCGGCUGUAUGCUAUGUCACUGUUAUCUUAAUGGGGUGCAUGUUACUUAUCUCGAUUUUGAUGGCAGUUGUAUUUCCUGCCAUUCAUUAAUUUUGCCCCCUUAUCUGACGCAGAAAAUAAUUCUAUCAUGAGAGCAGGACGUUGCCAUUUAAGUGUACAACCCUUUCCGGCCGCGUUCCGCGUGCCCAAUUGCACUUGGUUACUGUCCUCGCCAUUUUCUUUCUUGUAUAUUCGGAACCUGGCUUUGACUUGCUUAUCGACUAGCUACAGUUUUAAUUAUGGGCCUAUCACGUCUGCCCUUCGCGUCGCGCAUCGGCAUUUUAGUUCAGCCCUUCUCGUUUAACAAAGGUAGCUGCAUGAACUCCUCUUUGUUCAAUCACGAAGUCUAAUUUUAUUUAAUUACACUCUCUGUAAAGCUAUGUCUUCUCGUAAACGCCCAUCUGCCAGCACCUCUCGCGGUCGACCCAAACGUGUUCGUGCCACUCCUUCGGUCUCGACAGCAACGGUGGUCCCACCUGCGACCGCUUCCACUGUAGAUAUGGCGGCCCUAACGGCAACCCUUACGGCCGCUGUGACCAGCGCCGUUCAAGCUGCAAUGAAGACUCCACAUUUGCCGACUGACGAGCCUCCUGCAAGUGAGGGUGCGAGCACCGCCAUGACGGUCGAAGAGGCGGUCUCCGAGCAGUUGGCCCUUCUCACAUCGCCAGACAAAGGUACUCAUGAGCCCAGCUCCUCUGGCUCUUCUUCUCUAGACUAUUCAGAGAAGCUAGUAUUUUCCAGUAUUGCCCUCGAGCUGGGAGGCAACGUUACUGAUAAGGUCAAGGCUCGAGUCUGGGCUAACGAGUUUGUAGAUUUCAGUCUUUUACUUUCAGUAUCCCCUAGUCCUGAUCGUUAUUCUUUGUCAGUCAAUACCUCCUCUCUCAGCUCGGGGGCUCAUCUUACUCUCGAGCCUUGUAAGACUACGAAAAAGGUCACUACCAUUAAUCAAUGGAUAUCGGCAUUUCAUACUUUCGUAGCGAUUUACGUUGUUAGGUUUCCUAAUGAGGCACCCAAACUGAUGAAAUACUGCGAAAUCGUAAGAGACAUUGCCGCUAAGUCUGGCGAUUGGCUCUUUUACGACGAGCAAUUUCGCCUCCUCCGGCAAACUGCUCCCAACAAGUAUCCUUGGGACGCAGUGCAUUGGGAACUAUGGCUAAAGGUGACAUUUCGUGGCCGACAAACCCCAUCUAACGGCGACCGGCCCAACAAUAGUCGACCCCGAUCCAGUCAGUCGCCAUUUCCGAAAGGUACCUGUUGGGCGUUUCAAGCCGGUCGCUUCUGCGGGGGUGGAUGCAAAUUUGACCAUAAGUGCUUCAAAUGCGGGGCAAAGCAUCCUGCCACUCACUGUAACGCCGAGGGUCAAAAACGUGCUAGUCCACGGUCAACCUCCCAUCCUCCCCCGCAGAACUCCACAGCAGAUGACUCCCGUAAAGGCAGAUCGGCUUGAGGGCCUUUUAAAUGG